AUGUCGUCCUUCACCUCCCUGGCCCUCCACCCGACACCUGUGGUGAGCUUCAACAUUGCCGUCCCAAGCCGCACCUACGACGCCGUAGCCGCUAGUCGACACUUCAACCUCCAUAUAUUAGCGGAUGACGCUCCCGGCGCAGCGGUGGCGGACUGGUUCGCGCAGGGGAAUUACACGGAGAGGGGCUCCGAGGAAGAUAUGUUUGGGAAGCUUGUGGCGAGUGGGAUAGUGGAAAGUGUUUCGUUAGCAACAGCAACACCUGGCCCUAUCGGGGGUCGGGAUUACACAGAAUCACCGGUGCUGCACGGUGAUGGGAUUCUAUUCGUAUUGCGGUGUAAUGUGGCUCCCGCGUUGUGGACGGAUGAUGGUACAAAACACUUCGGCACGCGCAAGCAGGAACAAGAGUAG